GUUUUAUUGCGCCUUAUGUUCUCUGUCACGCCUUAUACAGGGAACUUCAUUUCUCUUCCCCCUCCCUUCGAACGUUUAAUAGAUAAGCAACCGGUAAAAACAUUCUCGCUAUUCACCACAACUUCGUUUAUUGAUUCCUUUGCCUCUUCACGAUCGUGCAUUAUAUUCUUCCACACUUACGAUCCGACCGGCGAUCUGUGCGAAUGCGACGACGGUACAACAGCAUACGAGAAAGAUUUCCAAGAGGUCCUAGUGGAAUUAGAUGAAAUUUUGAAGAAUGCGACAUUUCUUUGUAUCGAUGGAGAAUUUACAGGACUUAAUUCAGGACCUGAUGCCGGUGUCUUUGAUACACCUGCUCAGUAUUAUGCAAAAUUAAGAACAGGAUCAAUGGAUUUUCUUCUUAUACAAUUUGGCCUUUCCGUCUUUACAUUUAAUCAAGAAAUACAAAAGUAUAAUCAACGAUCCUAUAAUUUUUAUGUUUUUCCACGUCCGUUAAAUCGUACAGCUCCAGAUUGCAGAUUCAUGUGUCAGACUUCCAGUAUAUCAUUUCUAGCGUCACAAGGAUUCGAUUUUAAUAAACUUUUCAAAUUGGGCAUUCCUUAUUUAACUGCAAAUGAAGAAGAAAAAUUGAUGAAACGAUUAGAGGAGAAACAGAGGAUAAGAGAUGAAGCAACAGAAAUAUUGCCUAUUUCGGACGUCGAGAGACCUCAGAUUGAAGAGAUUUGUUCGAGGAUAGAUGAAUUUGUCACUUCCGAAACAGAAGAACUAUUGAUAGAAAAAUGUAAUGCUUUCAUUAGACGACUCGUGUAUCAGGAAGUAAAGCUAAGAUGGCCAAACAAAUUAAAAGUUGAAAGUAAAAUGAACAAUUUUGGAUGCAGUCUUGUAGUACAAAGAUUAGGAACUAAGGAAGAAGAAGAACAAAGAGAGAUUGAGAAAAGAGAAAGAGAAAAAACAGAAAUUCAACAAGCAGUUGGAUUAAGUAUUCUUAUGAGGAAAAUUGCAGAUUCCGGAAAAUUAAUAGUUGGUCAUAAUAUGUUAUUAGAUCUCUGUCAUAUAAUACAUCAAUUUUUUGGACAAUUACCGGAAUCAUAUUUGGAGUUUAAGAGUCUUGUUCAUAGUCUAUUUCCAAGAAUUUUAGAUACAAAAAUAAUUUGCCAUUCGCAGCAAUUUAAGGAACAUAUACCGUCGUCGAAUUUAGGUAUAUUACUAGAAACUGUUAGUAAAUCACCGUUUAAAAUUACAGAAGUGGAACCUACCGAUGGUAGAAGUUAUUCUACAUUAUCAGAAAAAUGUCACGAGGCUGGUUACGAUGCAUAUAUAACUGGAAUAUGUUUCAUUGCAUUGUCCAAUUAUCUUGGUUCCUUACAAAAACCUGAAGUGCCGAUAGUUUUAUCGGAUUCACCUUUACUCAAUCCUUUUUUAAAUAAACUUCUCAUAGCAAGAUUAAGAGAUGUACCGUAUAUAAAUCUUGUUGGAGACGAUCCUAACCCAAGUAGAGAUCAUGUAUUCCAUUUAACAUUCCCAAAAGAGUGGAAAUUUAAUGACAUAUCUCACUUGUUUAGUCCAUUUGGAAGUGUGCAUGUGUCAUGGUUAAGUGAUAUAUCCGCAUACAUAGAAUUACAUCGUCGGGAUCAAGUCAACGAAGUGAUGAAAGUUUUAGCUAAAACGAGUACCUAUAAAUUACAAAGGUAUGCCGAUUAUCAAGCUUCUUUAGAAAACUUCAAUACAGGAGAGCGCAAACGAAAAUUGUCUUCGUCCGACAAAAUCGUUGAUUACUGAACACGCUUAUAGAAGUAGCGGCGAAUAAUUCGAUUCAUCAUAGCCAUAAGUUAUCUUAGCUAAAAACGGAAGUGUUGAUAUCGCAAGAUGCGGGAUAUUAAACGUUGGCAAGAGUUCAGGUGUCAUAACUUAAAAGAAGGAAGAGUAACGUGUUAUCGGAGACCGAGGAAUAAGUCGUAUGCUGGUUGAUGGUAAUUUCAAACAUGCCGCGGUUGGAAGAAAACGGUGUGGAUGAGCAGAGAGAGAGGCGACGUUUCAUAGUCUGGUCGGCUUCUUAGGAUUUCCUGUACACGAGAGAUUUGCAUAGGGUCGUAGAGCUCAUUCUAAAUUAAUGCCAACGACGCUUGUUACACGCGUGUCUCGACUUCCUCCUUCUUCAGCUGCUGCCGCCGCCUUCUGCGCUUUCCUAUUUUUCCCGUUGCUCUUGCCACGUUCGACGCUUCUUCUCUCUUCGUCCAUUCCUUUGCUCUGUUCCUCCUCGAUCACCAUCCUAUAGGGUCGCCACUAAAUCAGAGUUCCUCGCCCUUGUCGACGAGACUUAUCGAAGGCGGCGAUCGCGUAUCGAUCUUGUUGCUAUCAAUAAAUUGAUCGAUGCGUAUUGAAAAAUGACUUCUAAGUGGUGAUUAAUGGAUCUACGAUGUUCAGGAACAGUUCGAAAGAGGGAAUUGAUGCUGUUUCGUAUAAUGUUAGACAGAAGCACUUUAGCAAGUAGCGAAUUCGAUCUUCUUAAUCAUACGCGUUUGAUAGGUGUGUCGUAAAUUAUCCAACUUGUUCCAACUUGCGAAUUGUUUCGAUUUAGAAAGUCUAUGAGUCAAUUUUGACUUUUUAACUAGAUCAUAUAUUUUUUAUAUAUAAUUUUAUCGUGAAAUAUAUUUUAUAAAAAAGUAACGACCAAUUAUUAAUUAAUUGUAAUUAUUCAAUUAUAACAAUUGUAUUUUUAAACGGAUAUACCGAUUGAAGAUAAGUUUAUUAAUUUUUACAAUAAUAAUAAUUCGAUGAGAUAAUAAUGAGAUAAUAAUUUUGAUCGAGAAAGAGAAGAGAUUUGUUCGAAUGAAAAGAUCGUUCGAAACCGUCCGUAGAAUUAAACAUGGCGACGUAUAACACCCAAUCGGGCUCAUUACGAGUACAAACGAGCCGCAUUGCCCACGUGCGAAUAAAAGCAAAAACUAGUGUCGGUAUUAGGGAUCUUGAUUAGAAUAAUGCAACACGUUUCGAAUAACGUGUCGUGUCGCUCGACGGGGACGCGUCCGUAAUGCAAAUGCGCGCGUAUGAAUCAGUUGGAACAGACACGUGGACAACCACCACGGGUGGAUUUUCAAAUUGGAAUGAGAGGAUACACUCCUUUUUACUGAAAAAAAAAAAAGAAAAAAAAAGGACACGCGCUCUCGCAAUGAAACCACUCUGUUGCCGAGUAUUCCGCACUCGUUUCACUCUCUCUGUUCAUUUUGCCGUUUAAUUACUACACUGUUGAAUUGCCAGUGUUAAUACGCUCUGCGAAAUGACCAGAUAUACAUACACGUACAUCUUGACGAUUCGACGGACAAACAUGUUACAUGUCGGAUGACAUAAUACAUAAAUUUGUGAAAUUUUCUUCUUUCAAGUUUAAAAAAAACACUUAUUGACGAUUAAUGAUAUGUAUAUUUGAUAAAAUAUAAAAUAUUUACAAACUUACAUUUUAAAAGAAA